AUGCCGCCGACAUUCUGCGAGCUGUCUGCCCUCUACACCAGCUGCCACGCGACGUACAGCAUGGAACUCGACCUGCACGAUACAAUGUACGCUUACCUGCGAGAUGUAGGCGUUAACGUAAGCGCUUGGCUGCUCGACGCCAAUAGCACGGAGAAACUCUUGGACAAAAUCGUGGAGCGGUCCCUGAAGUUCGGACGUGCCCACGUGGAACCAGCGAGGCCGCUAUUUUCGGGUCCGAUGCUCCGCGACUGCGCGGAACAUGACGACCAAGAGCAGCUCAUGCAAAAGGUUGUCGGCGCCAUCGACGAGGUAACGCAGAACGUGGACGAGCUAGCCCACGACCUGGCGCACCUGCAUGCCGAGCUCAGCGCCAGGUUUGUGCCUCGCAAGGAGACAGUUAUCAUGAAGAUGCAGGAAGCCUUCCACUUCCUCAACACUUCGCAGCUGCGCUCGUGGCUGCGCAUCUUCAAGAGGCACCUGCCCCACCGGUCCGCUGCGCGCAGGCUGAGGCCAGACUCUGUGGCCCUCUUCAGACAUCCGCACCUGCUCCACAACAUCACGAACGCAGCGUUCGGCCACCCCGCCGCGGGCGCCGUAGUCUCCCUCGGUAACCUGUUCGCGCUGUCGACGCUGCUCCAACCCGUAUUCGAGUGGGAGUACCAGAGGCACCUCGUGACUGGAGAGCCCGACGAAAGACUCGAGGCCGUCCGCACCUGCGCGGAGAUGGCGCGGGAGGUAUUGCCAAAGACGUGGAUCCAAUUCUCCACCAGAGCGUUAGUCCAGGACAGGCGAGACCUUGCCGAACUGCGACGCAUGGCUCAGGCUGUGUUGGAAGGCGUCAGGAACGACUACCGCAUGGUGGUCACGUGGCGCACGAAGAUGGGCAAAGUGGAGGUGCUCAAGCACCUGGACGUUCUGCGCUGGCGCCUCCCAGAUGAGCGUGACUACGACUACGACUGGUCCACGCAUUCUCCGCUACUGAACGCCAAGACAAACAGGACGUAUUUCACGAGGGUGGUUUCGUUAAGGCUCCAAACUCGAUCGGAGAGUGGCGAUACUGCCUGCGUCGACGACAUUCGCUCCGACCCCGAGUGCGUGGCGCCCGAGCGAGCCCUGGUGCGCUACGAGUACGACCGCAACCUGCUCUGGGUGACGCCCGGCACCAUGGUGCAGCCGCUCUUCUACAGCGGCGCUGAACCCCACAUCAACCUGGCCACACUGGGUGCCAUGCUGGCAUACGAGCUGUGGAGCGCCGUACGUCGACAUGCCCCGGAGCAACAACCACCUGGCGACGUGUCUUCAUUUGAGGACGAAGUCUCUUGUCUCGUGACAGCCUACCGCAACGUCACCAACGACACGACGCCGGCAAAGUUUGUGGCGGCCGAGAUCUACAGUCGCCGGAGGGCGCUGAGUACCGUCAUGGACAGCGCCCGCAAGUCCUUCAAACCGGCCAGACGGUCAACGGGUCGAUGGCCCGACGUGGGCGAGGCGCAGCUCCUGUUCGUGCGCUACUGUUCGCUGUUUUGCGCCCGCAAGUAUGUGGACAGGACGCGAGUGGCGCAGUGCGACCUACCCGUCGCCUCAAUGCCCGAGUUCGCGAGCCUGUUCCACUGCGGCCGCGUCGACAACUUGGGUGCAGUGGCCACCGACUGUGGGCCUACGUAGCUGCGCGUCACGGCGUGCUCUAUGAGGCGAAACUGCGGCCGUUAUGAACAUUCUGUCGUUUCGGCGACGACAUCCUCGCAUUUUGACACGCUUUUUUAAUAUUAUAUACUGCAUGAAAUUACCCUUCGGUCGACCUGACUGCGUAUUACUUAGAAAACAAUAUAUCCCAAGUAAAGCCUGGAACGAACCCGAGCACUUUGCGCAGCUUCUCUUGUCUUGAU